AUGCGCCGUUCAGCUGGGUCUACGAACAACCACGAUGAGCUAUCUGCCAAACAGCCUUCAAAUACCGUGAGCCUCGAGUCUAUUACACCCCAGCCCUCUUGGCGGUCGAGACUACCAAUCAGCAAAAUCCCUUUCCUGACCGAAGACGAUCUCAGCUCUAUCUGGUACGACCGACCGAACAGCCGAGAUAUACGCCUAUUCCAAUUUGUGCUGGACUCCCAGUCCGAGAUCCGGAAGGCUGUGAAGAAUGUGGUCCAUUACAACGUGAUGCUAAUCCGAUCCUCCAACCGCAAACAUCUCCAGCUUUCUCUCUCCGAGCUCUCUUCACACUCAACACUCCGGCUCUAUUGA